AUGUCGUCCGUCAAGCUCUCGCUUCUUGAAUUUAGACAUCUCGACAUCAUGGACAUCCUUGAAGAAGAUCAUGAAGCUCUCACCGAAGGACGCACCAACGCGGGGCGCCCUGGACAUUCUGGCUUGCCUUGCCUUGACAGGGACCUUGAGGAACCGAGCAGCCGUGCGGAAAUUCUUCACGAAGGUUUCAGAGAGAACCAGGACAACGCAGAGCGCCCUGAACAUCCGCCUCUCAUUGAUUCAGAAGAAAUACACGAGCUGAAACAGCAGGCCUCCAUCACUGAACUUGACAAACAGGCUCUGACUGCCCACCCACGCAACCUACGCGGGUGUGCUAGAGGGGACAAGCUGUAUGCCCUCUACAUUCCACACGCUAGACUCAAGGAACUUCUACGGAAUUCGAGGUCCGGGGAUGGAUUACAAGGUGUCGUACUCCUCAACCCCAUCAUCUCCAUCAAUUCUAUCCUCUUCUUGAUUCUCUCACAACUUUACUCAAAACCUCGUAGCACCAUGGACGCAAUAAUCGACGCACUAUGCGACGUUCAAGAUUUCCUUCUCGAGGUUCUGCGCCGGAACCCGACUAACACGGAGGAAGGAGAUGCCUGGGUCGUCGGCUCGAAGACUUUGGGGGACCUGUUGCAGGCCAAGAAGAUCACCCAAGCACAGUACGACAUACUGAAAGCUCACCGACGCAAGCAAACCAACAGCUCGCAGAAAUGA